AAGCAAAUAACAAGACUUCAAAUCAGAUUUAUAAAUUAACACCUUUGACGUACAUGUCUUCUCACAUUCUUCAAAGGAAACAGAAAAGAAGGCGCAAUGGAUGUGAUUCUCUAGAGGAAAUUUUGUUAAAGUGGAAAAAUCAUUAUGAGGAGCUUAAUUCUAGCACUGAAGAUGUACAAGUAAAAAAAAAGAGAAAAAUCCCAGUUAAGAGAUCAAGAAAAGGUUGUAUGCGCGGAAAAGGCGGUCCUGAGAAUUCAGGUUGUAUUUACAGAGGAGUUAGACAAAGGAUAUGGGGAAAGUGGGUAGCUGAAAUUAGAGAACCUGUAUAUAAUAGUGGUCAGUAUAAAACUAGCGGUAAACGUCUUUGGCUCGGUACUUUUUCUACAUCUGUUGAUGCUGCUCUUGCUUAUGAUGAAGCUGCUAAGGUUAUGUAUGGUUCUAAUGCCAUACUUAACUUCCCGAAUUAUUGUGUACAGAAUGACUCGUCGAGUAUUGUUAACAUUGCUCGAACAUCUUCACUCGAAUCGACUGAUCAAUCAUCUGUUGAUCAUGAGGAUUCAGGUGCUGAAGAUACAAAGAUUAGAGUUGAUCAGUCCACUUUUGCAACAUCAGUAGUUACAGCAGAUGAAAAGCAACAUUCUUCUUGUUGUUGUUUGACUGAGAAAUCAGGUGUAAUGCUAGAGGAGGAUUACGAGAACGAGUUAAACGAUUCAGGAUGCAGUUCUAGAACUGAUUCUAAGUCUCCAAGUUGUUGUGUUAAAGUUGAGACACUUAUAAAGGAAGAAAUCGAGAAGGAUGGGUUUGUACAUGAUAAAGAUUUGGAACGCCUGAACUCGUAUGAAGUCUCAAACAGUUUGCACAUUACGAACGAGGAGACGACAGAUGUGAAGCCACAGGAUCUGAAUAUAUUGCAAGAACAACCAUUGGAUUUCAGGUCUACUGAAAACCCGAGUGAAGAUUUUUGCAGGCGUCUAGAAUACAUGGAGCAUUGGCUAAUGGAAGACGAUUCUUCAACCGAAGCAACAAAAGUAACAGGCACAUUUUGUUUGGCAGAGAACCAUAAUGAAGAAUUUCAGAAGUUUUUAGAGGAAUCAUUUGAUUUCAAGCCAAUGAUUGUCCCUCAAGAUUCUGCUGAACUAAACAAUGUGAAGAAUGAGGAGCAAUUUGAUUGUACAUACAACCAGCAAAUUGACCAGCAGACAGAUGGAAUUAUUAGCAACCAAGCUGAUACGAAUUCUUCGAUUAGUUGGCAACCGGAGGAUAGUAUCAAAGAUUUGUCUGUCUUUAACUUUGAUUUUGAUAUAUAAUCCUUUCUUGAUGAUGUUCAUUAAUUAUAAGAACUUACUGUUUCGUUUCAUCAUCCUUGUAAUUUGUUUUAUAUAGUCUGCUACACUAGAGAUUAGAAAGUUUUUAGGUUAGAAUGCAUACCAUUUUUUGUAAGCAGAAAGUCAGCCUUCUAUUCGCCACAUAUAUAGUCUAUCACUCUUCAUAGAAUUCAAAAGGAAAAGAAGAAGAGACUUUUGAUGUUCUAAUCCUCUAUUCUAGACCUCUUACUGUUUUUUUUUUUGAUAACCUUGUUGUUACACUGUCAAAGAGUUGUCUUCUUUUGUAUCACCAAUCAUGUACAGUUUCAGAUUAGGAUAGCUCAAA